AUGCAUAAAUUAAAUUAUAUUUUAAUAAAAAUAAUAUUGCUGAGUAAUUUAUUUAUACUUAGUGAAAAAUUGAGAAAAUUUGAUCCUACUAAAAAAGAAGAAAGACAAUUAUUUUUAGAUGUAACAUAUAAUUGUGAGUACAAUGGAUUUAUAAAUUUAAAUAAAGAUUUUAUUUUACAUUAUUGUUUUUUUGCUGGAGAAGAUGAUCAUAAUGGUUUAGUUUUUAGAAAAUUUUUUACAAAGGAUUUAGUAUGGGGAAAUAGCUUGGAAGUUUUGAGAACAAACAAAAAGAUUAAUCUAUUUAUAUUUGUAGAUGAUUAUUUACUAGAAAAAUUAAUUUUAAUUUACAGUUAUGACAGAAAAAUAAGAAUAACAGUAUUUAAUAAUUAUACAGAACCUUCAGAUCAUAUAGAUGAAAUUAGUUUAAGUUAUGAUAUUUUACAUAAAUUUAAUAUGAUUUCUAAAAUUACUUACUUUUACCAAAGCAAAAAAUCAUUAUGUGUUUGUGGAAUGAAUAGAGAUGAAAACAUUUUUUGUACUUUCUCUUUUGAUUAUGGUUUAUCAAUGGAGGAUGAUAAUUCUAUUGAAUUUGUUUUAAAAAAAAAAAUUCCAAUGGGUCAUUAUAGAAUGGAGGUAAAAUUUGAGGAAGAUUAUGUUUAUUUUAACUUAUUUGAUGAUUUAAAUGACAUUAAUUUCUAUGAAUUGAAAUGUAUUAAAUUAGAUGAUAAAUAUGAAUGUGAUAUCUUAAAUAAAGUAAUAAAAGAUCUAGAUAAUUUUAAAUAUAAACAUAUAUUGAGAAAUGAAUACUUUGAGAUGGUUGCUUUUGAAAAAGAAAAUAUGUGUUAUAUAGGUUGGUCAUUUAACUAUACAAAUAUAAAUAAUGAAAUAAAUAGAAUAAUAACAGAAUCUCCAUGCUCUAAUGUAUCAUCAUAUUAUAAAAAUGAAUCAUUAAUAAUUACAUACAAGAAAAGUGAAAAUGAAAAUAUCUUUUAUACUAUAUUUGAAAAUUUAGUUAUGAAAGUAGAAGGAUGUGAAUACAAAAGUGGGGGAAGUUUAUAUGUUAUGAAUAAUUUUUUAAAUAACAGUUGUGUAAUAAAUAUAAAUAAUAUGAACGUUACAUCUUCUAAUCAUGAUGAAAUAAAUUUUAGCAUCGUUGUUCCAAGCAAAUUUAACUUACAAGAAAAAUGUUUUUUAUCAAAUCAUUUAUACAAAAAUAAGAAGACUAAUUUAUAUUAUUUAGAAGAAGAAAAUAAAGAAGAAGAAGAUAUAAAAAUUUAUACUUUCUAUUUCUAUAAGUAUAUUUUAACUUUUACUAAUUUUGCAGGAAGCAAAUGCAUAUUUGAAAGUAAUAAUAAAGAAAAAUUAGAAGUAUCAUUAAUAUCAAAAAACUUUUAUAAGGAAUACAACUGCGACAUUUCAUUAGAUUCUUGCGAUUUUUUUGUUCAUAGUCAAAGUAAAAUAAAUAUACGUUAUAAUGAUGAAUGGAUAAUUGAUAGAGAAUUAGCAAAAUCUAAUGUUAUUUAUAAUGAAUCACAUAUAUCUUUAUAUGAUAUUAUUAGCUUUUCCAAUGUAAAUGAAUUGAUAACUAUUAAUAAUAAUAUGAUACAAAUCACUAUUCCAUCAAUUAUUCCUCAUACUAGGACUAUAAAAAUAGAAUUUACGAAAAAUGAAACAGAAGAGAAACGUAAUGUUUUUAUAAGAUUUCAAAAAGAUGUUUAUCCAAUUAAAAAAGUACUAGGUGUAAAUUUUUCAGAUAUUUUUGAUAUUUAUUACAAAUAUUAUAAUUAUUAUAACGAUAAAGUGAAAUUUUUAUUAAAUGAAUUUGAAGAAACUUCUUAUAUAGGUAUGAUAUGUCAAACAAAAAAUGAAAUAACUUCUGAACCUUGUUCAUUAGCUCUUACAGAUUUUUUUAAUAAAUUAAUUCAAAUACAAAAUUUAUUUCCCAAAACAAUGCCUUUUUUAUACUACAAUAAAAAAAAAAAGAUACAAUCAAGUAAUUCUUAUUUCUUAACUGAAACACGUUUUGUUGUUUUUAAGAAUUUUGGUUCCUUUUUAGAAAAAAAUGGCAUAAAAUAUGCAAAUUUUAUAUGUAAAUGUCCUUCAAGAAAUUCCAAUUCAAAUAAAUUUAAUGAAAUUAAUUUCACUAUAACUAACGAAAGAAUAUCUCCAGACGUUCUUCAAUCUCCUGAAGUUAUUGAAGAAUCUAAAUCAUCUGAAGAUUCUAAAGUUUCUGAAAUAUCUGAUACUUCUAAAUCUUUUAAACCUUUUAAAUUUCGUGAGCUUCCAAGAAUUACUAAAAAAACUUCAGAAAGAAUUUUAAGAUUAACAAAUGAAAUAAAUGAUGAAUCUUCUUAUAGAGAAAAUUUUUCUAAUUAUUUUAAAUUAAAUAUUUUUAUACUUAUUAUUACUCUUAUUAUUACAUAG